AUGUCGGAUCAAGGUUAUCGCUACCCUCGCCCUUACCACUACGACAACGAUGGGCCAGGACCUAGUCGACCUUCAAAGCGCCCACGGGACCAAAUGAGUAUGGCAAGAUUGAACAACGCAUCGAACCCUUCUUCCUCUAUCGCCGCCGCCGCCCCCGGCCCAAGUUUGAUUCUCCCCACUAGGAACGGAACCUGGAACAAUAACACCACCAGUAAUAACAACAAUAACAACAUUAAUAAUAACAACAAUAGCAACGGAGGGGGCAGUAGAAGUCGAGUAUCCCCCGCCCGCUCGUCUUCGUCCUCGCAGACGCUCUCCAAUGGUCACACAGUGAUCGACCUCACCAACUCCCCUCCCCCACCACAACAAGAAAUGUUCGGGCCCAGAGGUAGAGGCCGCUCAAAUGGAAGUCGCGGACCAUCUAGCAGUGGUAGUAACAACAGUAUAGAGGUUAUCGACGUCGAUGCGCUUCCGGAUACUCCGGCUUUGCCACCCCGCUGGCCGGGUGGUAAUGUACCGGAGUUUAGAUUUUCCCGAAACGCAGCGAAUAGACUUUUAGGUGGUGGGCCUUCCUUCGCUAGUCGUACGCUGCAACAGCAUCGUCAUCACAACCAUGGGUCUGGCUCUCGGCCAGUCCCAGUUGAGCCAAACCUCAUAUACCCUCGCAUCGAUCGUAUGGAUGCUAAUGCUGCUGCUUUCCCAGUGUUCGCAGAGGAAAUGGAGGGCCCAGUAUUAGGUCACGGUGGCAGGAUCGGGCAAGGAUUACCGGAUGUGAAUAUGAAUAUGGGGGGAAUUGGAAACUUUUUACCGCGUUUCCGAUCUGGGCCUCAGGGAGGUCAGCAAGGGGUACAUGGAGGGAUCGAUGUCAUAUCGAGCAUUUGGACUUCUUUUGGGUCAAGGGGAAUGUGGGGGCACGAGGGUCCACUCGCGGGAUUUCAAGCUCCAGACAUGGAUUAUAGCCAGAGAGCGCCGGGAAUCAUUAGGGAGGACUCACCGGUUGAUGCUGCCAGAGCAAGGAAUAUAGACUACAAGUCCCCACCGCCAGCUAGGGAAGGGUACACUAGGAGUCCAAAGGAGGACGACAUUCUUGUUUGCUCAAGCUGCUCGUCGGAAUUGGGUGCGCCUGGGGAAGGGCCAUAUGCGCAGGAGGUCUGGGCCUCUAAAUGUGGACACAGUUAUUGUGGCACAUGUGUUUCUAUAUUCCGAACACCACACCUAUCAAAAACGUCAAAGAAGACGGUGAGGCCAAAGGCGAAGAAUUGUUCAGUGGGCUGUAAGGUCAACUUGGCGACGAAAACAGCAAUGUUCAAGAUUCACUUGUGA